AUGACUACACUCAAACCCGGUGACCAGUUCCCCAGCGACGUGGUCUUCAAGUACAUCCCGUGGUCGGAGGAAAGUGGUGACAUGAAUGCCUGUGGGAUCCCGAUCAACUAUAAUGCGUCCAAGGAGUGGGCGGAUAAGAAGGUGGUGCUCUUCUCGGUCCCAGGCGCCUUCACCCCCACCUGUUCGGUGAACCAUAUGCCGGGCUAUAUCAAGAACCUGCCCCAGCUCCGACAGAAGGGUGUGGACAUCGUGGCCGUGCUUGCUUUCAACGACCCCUUCGUCAUGAGCGCCUGGGGCAAGGCGAACAAGGUGCACGGAGAUGAUAUCGUGAGCAAGCCUCUAUCCUUUUUCCAAGUGACCAACUCUCAUCUGUCUAUCUCUCGACAGCUCUUCCUGUCCGACCCCGAUGCCCAAUUCUCCAAAAGCAUUGGCUGGGCCGACAGCGCGUCUGGGCGCACGGGCCGGUAUGCCAUAGUUGUGGACCAUGGCAAGGUUUCUUACGCCCAAAUUGAGACCGAGAAGGGCGCGGUGAAGAAAUCCGGCGCCGAUGCUGUCCUUGCUUCGCUGUAA